AUGGCGCGUCGGUCCUCUGCUCGUCUGCGCGACAGAUCCACGACACCCAAGCGUGUCUCGCUCUCCCACGAUGCGCCGUCCACCACUCGCACUCCGCGUACCGUCCCAACCAAGCUCACAUCGGUCGAGGAGAACGAUGAGAUGCCAGGCGCAUUCCCUCGUUCCGUCUCUCCAGGUCUCGAUACCACGACUCCCACCAAAGCGACCCCGAUCAAGCCCAGUGAGAAGGAGAUGCACCCACAACUGCACCAUCAGUCAACGGCCAAGCCACGAGACGAAGCUCGACAUCUUGGUUUCUCCUCCAUGGCACCAUACACCGAGCCAGCAAAGAAGAGCAAGAUUGGAAAUCUGCAAGGAACGCCCACCAGGACACGCGACGUUGAGGCGGAUGUCAAGUCGCCCAGCUUCCAGUUCACGUUUCGCCGCGAGCACUCUCUUGAGCUGAGUCCUGAGGCAAAGAAGUUGAUGUACGAGAAGCGCGAGGAGGCGGCUAGGAUCCGCGACCAGAUGAUGGCAGACGGGGAGCACACACAAUCUAUUGACGCAGCUCUGGCGGCGCGCAAAAUAGCGAAGCCUACGGGCAGAUACAGCUCGGCGCAUCUCAAGCAGUUCGAGAAGAUGGACUCGAUUGCCAAUCAUGCAUCGUCGUUUCGCGCAAAGCAGAUGGCACCGCCGGCCGCCACGCCGAAGAAGGACCAGCCUGUUACCGGUGCAUCUUUGAAGCGCAGCCCGUCGAAAGCUGGCCUUGACCAACCAAGUUCGACUCCUUCACGUCCGAACUCUCGAGAUGCAGCCAAGCCAUUGCCAGCACUUCCGGGUAGCCAGCUUCCUCGAUCAACUUCGGUUAAGGACUUGAAGAACGCCUCUCCAGCGAAGCGGAUCAAGCGUACAGACACCGACGAUGUGUCUACUACACGCCCUGCAUCGAGUCAUAGCGACAAGGCCCUCCCUUCUACGCCACAGUCCGCGAAGCAACCGGGCUACCCCGAUCUUUCACACUUGACCACUCCCACUCAGUCCUCUCUCGCGCGAGCUGCAAGCGUCGAGUCUACCAAGAUCACAAAGAUUCCGGCACCCUCCUUCACACCCGCGAAGGCUCCUCAGGCCUCUGUGCAGAAGCCUGCCGCUCAGCCCGAGCAGGAUACAGAAUAUCCCAGUCUCCUUGCACGUUCACCAUCGAAAGCAUCGCUGUUCCCGCGUUUCAAUGCCGAGAAGCACACCGAAAAGUCAGCGCAGCCUGCAAGCCCGCUGUUAUUGCGUUCGCCAGCUAAGCAGGCUAAUAUUCCGAAGAAGGCGAAUGAGGCUGCACAAGGUCAAGCUUCUUCGUCAAUCAAGGCCCCGUUCCUUUCCCGCUCGCCAGUAAAGGCCGCAGUUGCUAAGAACGCUGAGCCAGAGGCAGCUACUGGCAUCGAGAAGGCGCCCAAAGUGCCAUUCUUAGCCCGAUCUCCUUCCAAGUUACCAGUAUCAAACUUGGUGAGUGAGGAAACUGAAACACCUGGCAAAAGCAUGUCGAACAAGCUAUUGGGGCGAUUCAACCUGCUGCGGCAGUCACCAAUGAAGUCUAUCCUGCGCUCUCCUCAACGUCUUUACUCUGACGACCCUGCAAAGGUGGCUGCUGGCACACACAUGGCCACACCGCCGAAGCUCGUGAUGGAGAAGGGUAACAUGGAGUCAACGACUACUUCAAAGCGUGUCGACUUCAGUCCCUCCACCAAAGCUCGUCACGAGAAGGCCCAAAGCAGUACACCGUCCAAGACACCAUCUCCCUCGCCACAGCCAGAGCACACUGUGCAGGUACCAGUUGAGGCGGAAAAGCAGCUAUACCCUGAUUUGAGCGCCAGUCCUGGCCUACUCAGCCCGUCGCCUCAGAAGCGGCGGCAGACAUCCGGACCACAAGACUUCACCUUCCGGGCUGGAGACCAGGACAUCGUGUUCGGACGAUCGCCCAACGCAGCACCUACCAGCGGCAAGCGGCCUUCCACCAUUCGUAUGGUCUCGCAAGACAUCAACACUUCACCCAUCGCCACUACGGGCAGCAAGAAGCGCAAGUUUGAGUUUGAGAACAAGAAAGCCACAACGUCCCAAGAUGUUGACAUGAUGUCGGAGGAGAAGGAGAAUACUCCAGUCGCGGCGGACGAAGAGGAGCACCGACCUGCCAAGCGCGUGAAGUCUGGUGGCCAGGACAAGCCCGUCCCAGCGCCCACCGCCGCAAGUGCUGCUCGACGGACCACGCUCGGUGUCAAGCCGAAGGGUGCAAAGACGACUUCCAGUCCGGUCAAGCGUCCCAGCACAAUCAGCCAAGCUCGCCUGGCUGCACUAUCUCAGCCGAAGAAGCGAGGCUGA